AUGUCUCGACAAGAAGAUGAUUUGGCCUAUGGCCGCUACUAUGAGUCCGAACGAGGCUCGGGUGACGGAAGCCGAGGAUUCGGCGACACCUUCAAGAAGCUCCGUGACACCUACAAGACCCACAGCUCCUCACAGCCGUCCGGUCAAGCUCCCAACCAGGCCGCCUAUCAGGGACAGGGGAACCCAAACCAGAACCCCUAUGGAUACAGCAGCCAGAGCUCCGGCGGGGCCACGCAGCAGUACCAGCAGCAAUAUCAGCAGCAACCCCAAUACCAAGAAAACCCACCGAAAAAAGACAAGCUGGGCGGGUUCCUGGACAAGAUCCAAGGUACCGUCACCGAGAUUGGUAACGAGUUCGCUCAGAAGGUUGGUACCGCCAUUGAUCCACAGGCCUACGCCCAGUAUGGCGCCAGCAAGCCCACCACCGAGCACCGCUUCGGCAGCUUUGCUCCUUCGCGCGAACACAAUGAUGUGAAAUGGUAUGUGGAUGGCUGCAGUUAUUUCUGGGCCGUGUCCAAAGCUCUGGAGAAUGCGCGCGAAUCCAUCUGGAUUUUGGACUGGUGGAUCUCUCCCGAGCUGUACUUGAGAAGGCCUCCAGCCAAAAAUGAACAGUAUCGUCUGGAUCGAAUGCUGCAGGCAGCGGCCCAGCGUGGCGUGCGUGUCAAUAUUAUCGUCUACAAGGAGGUUACUCAGGCCUUGACUCUGUCUUCCUCCCACACCAAGCAUGCCCUCGAGAACCUUCAUCCCAAUAUUGCCGUUUUCCGACACCCCGAUCAUUUGCCUGAUCGCCAGGAGCUCGAGUCGGAUAUCACGACGUCUCUCCGCCACAUGUCGCUCGACUCGGCUAGUCUAACAAAGAUGUCCAAGGAUGCCCUGAAAGGCUUGUAUGGAAUUGACGACGAUGUCAUUCUGUACUGGGCCCACCACGAAAAGCUAUGCUUGAUUGAUGGACAGAUUGCUUUCAUGGGUGGAUUGGACCUGUGCUUCGGUCGCUGGGAUACCCAUCAGCACGCGAUUGCCGAUGUGCAUCCCGAGAAUAUCAAUGAGAUCGUCUUCCCAGGCCAAGACUACAAUAACUCGCGAGUUCUCGAUUUCCAUGAUGUUUCUCACUGGGAACAGAACCAGCUGGACCGAAAGAGUAUGUCCAGAAUGGGUUGGUCUGAUAUCUCUAUUAGUCUGCACGGUGCUGUUCUGGAGGACCUGCGUCGUCACUUUGUUGAGCGAUGGAACUUCAUCUAUGAUUCCAAGUACAAGGUUCGAAAUGAGUCGAGGUAUGCCAGACUUGCACUUUACGGAAGGCCGACCUCCUUUGGCGGCCAGCAUGGCAACCAGCAUCAGUCCACUCCGUAUCCUUCGGGUAAUGCUAGUCCGCAACAACAGCAGAACCCGACCCUGCAAUAUCAAUCGCAGCAACAAGGAGGAGCUUCCACCUACCCACCGCCUCCAGGGCAGGCGUCUACGACCCCGCCGCAGCAGCACCAGCAACAACAACAGCAACAAACACCCACUCCAUCUUACCAGGCCUAUCAACCUGGUGGCGCGCAAACCUACCCACCACCUCCCAGUCAGAACUCUGGUAGCCCGCAGGCGCAACAGUAUCAACAACAUCAACAGCAGCCUGCUUCAUCUUACCAGUCCUCCCAAGCAGGCGGUAGUCAAACCUACGCACCCCCUGCGAGCCAAUCUUCGGCUGGUCAGAACCCGCAGCAGCAGUACACCUACACUGGCAAUUCCUUCCCGCCGCCUCCUGCAGGACCUCCUCCAAGCCAGUCACCCUCAAAUGCAUACUACCAGCCCCAGCAACAGGGACAAACCCCCUACUACGCGCCCCCAACCCAGUCUUCCGCCAGCUCUGCGCAUCAGGGUCAGUCUCAGGGUCAAGCACCAUACUACCCGCCCCCGCCGGGCCAGGAAACAUCUCACUCUAGUACCCGUGGAAUGGGUGAUAAUGAAUAUGAAGGCGAACGUGGAUUCGCACCACGUCGCUUCCGCGAGGAGUUCUCGCAGUACGGAAAUCAGCUUCGUGGUCAGCUGGCUGGCCAAAUCCAUCAAUAUCAGGAUAAAUUGACAACGUACGGACGACCUACCUCUCAGGGUCGUGGUAACAUGUCCUGUCAAAUCGUGCGCAGUUGCGCUAAAUGGAGCAACGGAAGCCCUCUGGAACACUCCAUUGCCGAUGCUUACGCCGCUGUGAUCAAGAACAGUCAGCACUUUGUGUACAUCGAGAACCAGUUCUUUAUCACCUCCACUGGUGAAUCUCAGCAUCCGGUGAGAAACAAGAUCGGUGCCGCCAUUGUGGAGCGCAUCCUGCGGGCUGCUCGGGCCGGCCAAAAGUACAAAAUCAUCGUGGUGAUUCCUUCUGUGCCCUGCUUCGCCGGAGAUCUGAGAGACGACGAGUCUCUGGGGACCCGGGCUAUCAUGGAGUUCCAGUACAACUCGAUCAACCGCGGGGGAAACAGUAUCAUGGAGCUGAUUGCCAAGGAGGGCUUCAACCCCAUGGACUAUAUCCGUUUCUACAACCUUCGCAACUAUGACCGGAUCAACAAUGCUGGUCUGAUGGCUGCCGUUGAACAGCAGAGUGGUGUCAACUAUGAGGAUGCUCGCAAACAGUAUGACUACAACACUGUUGGCUCUGGUGGUUGUCCCCCGAGUAGUACUCGAAGCGCUUUCGAUACUUCUGCUCCAUUCCAGCAGUACCAGCAGGCUGCUCAACAUGUUCAGGGUGGUAAAUCUUCUGGUCGAUGGGAUAGUGUCAGCUCGUGCUAUAUGUUGGGCGGAGAGGAUAUUCGCAAUGUGCCGUGGGAUGGACACCCCGAUGCUGAAAUUGACGCUUUUGUGAGCGAGGAGCUCUAUGUGCACUCCAAGGUGAUGAUCGCCGACGACCGCAUCGUCAUUUGCGGCUCCGCAAACCUGAACGAUCGCUCGCAGCUAGGUUACCACGACUCCGAAAUCGCAGUCGUCAUCGAAGACUUUACCCCGGUGCAGUCUAGUAUGAACGGCCAGCCCUGGACCGCCAGCCGCUUCGCCAGCUCUCUGCGUCGUGAACUGUUCCGGAAGCACCUGGGUCUUCUGCCUCCGCAGGACUACCAGCACCCCGACGCGAAUUCCGAGCCCGUCGGCGUCCCAAACCAGUUCGAUUUCGACUGUCCAGAGAGCAAGAUCGUCGCCGAUCCCCUCUCAGACACCAUGCAAAGCCUGUGGAACUCCCGAGCCCACACUAACACCGAGGUCUUCCGCAAGGUGUUCCAUGCCGUCCCUGAUGAUUGCGUGCGCAACUGGGCUACCUACAAGGAGUUCUACGAGUACUACUUCCGCAAUGCGGACAAGGAGGCCGAGUGCAAGGAUGGGUAUGGCCAACCUGCUCGUUUCCAGUGGGGGCAUGUAGUGCGCGAUGACUUUGCACCUGGUGCUGAAGGCGCGAAGCAGGUCAAGGAUCUACUUAGCCAAGUUAAGGGUACUCUGGUUGAGAUGCCUCUGAUGUUCCUGAUUGAGGAGGAUAUUGCGAAAGAGGGAUUGACACUGAAUGACCUGACCGAGCCCAUUUACACCUGA